AUCGUUUUUUAUUUUGCCAAUGCAAUUUAUUUUCUAGCUAAACCAACUAUCGCGUUUUAUGUCGGAUUAUCCCAUCAUGUUACAGUCACUAGUCAUACCAAAGUCAUAUUUGAUCGAGUGUUCUUUGACUUUAACUCUGUGUACGACAAAAGGACCGGAGAAUUCCUUGCUCCUAUUGGCGGUCUCUACGAGUUCAACUUUCACGCUCUUGGGAAGCGAGAUGGGAAAAUUUGGCUUGAGCUUUUCCAUAACUACAGGUACGUUGAUUCACUGUACAGCCAUACACCUGGCCACUAUGCAACAGGUGGUAAUGCGGCAGUGUUAGAAUUUGACGCUGGUGACGUUGUUUACGUCAACGCCAAUGGUGACGUAAACCUUUACGGCGUUCAUGACCAAAUCUACUGCACUUUCACUCACCGGGUACUUGCUGUUUGCUACUUCUGAGUCGGUAGCAAUUGUAGGAUAAAAUGUUUAAUUUCGUUUGUCAUAUCAGUAUCUUUGGAUUAAAGCACACGGAAACUGACAUAAUAAAGACUAAAGUGUAA